GUUUGUGCUUUGGUGAUAUUUAAAAAUAAUUUUGAUAGAAUAUCAAAGAAAAAAAGAAUAUCAGCGACACUUUUUAAUUUUCAAUCUGGUUUUAAUUUUUUUAUAAGUGCAUAAAGAAGCAGUUUUCAAUAAAAUUCUAGUUUAAGUGAUUCAUUUGAUUAAACAAAGAAGUGAAUCAUUAUUCCAUAAUGAAGUGCUAUGUGUUUAAAGAUGUGUUUAUUGUAUUGACGUAAUAUAGCACAGAAUAGCUCGUUUAAACUUAAAAGGCGAGUGAAGAAUAAAACAAUUAAAUCUAAUCAAGAAUAAUCUAAAAAUAAUAAAAUUAAAUAAGUAAGCAAAAGGAACAUCCUGGGACGUUAUUCUUAAACAAAAAAAAUUGUCAUUGAAAGAUUCUAACCAGCAGCUAGUGUAGCCCUGGCUUUAUACACCCUAGUCGAUGCUUUCUACGGUUGAAAUUCACGCCGGUCCAGGAGGGAUUGGAAUAUAUCCUCAUCAUCCAACAUUUGGUAGACCAACAUCGACAUCCCUUUUACAACAAAUGCCAUUGGCUUCAACAGCCAUUCAACAACAGCAACAACAAGGAUCAGUUAUGUCGGGUGUUGAAUUCGCUCGACCUAAACCUAAAAAUAUUGCAUCAAUGAACGGUUUAUCGCCUUCAGCAUCAUCAACAAUGUCAACGACGACACAAAAAUCCUCGCAUCAUGAACAAAAUGGACCCGUCAAUCUAGCUGUGAAUCACCAAGCGCAACUUUCAGCGAGAGGUUCACCAAAUUCAAAAAUUGAUCAUUCAGAACAAAAGGAAAUUGAUGUUGUUGGUCUUGGUAGCACGAGCUGUUCUGCUAUUGAGUCAGCAAUGUCUUAUCCCAUCAGCAGUUCACGCAUAUCCUCAUAUCCAUCAAGUUUAGGAAGCAAUGCGUAUCAAGCUUUGAAUUAUGGAUUUUAUGGAAAUCGUUAUGGCGGAACUGCUCUCUUUCCACACCGUUCAGCAUACCCGCAACAUCAUACGAAUAGGACGACGUACUUACCAUCUCAACUUGAUUCGUAUCCGUCGUAUUUAUCAGCUUCGUAUCCUUCUAAUAAUGUCGGGGGCUAUUCAACUGUAACAUCACCACAACUAACGUCUGUGGGUGCAGAAGCAUUAGCUAUUGCUCAUAAAACAAUUUCCGAAAGAUCUCAUUCAUUGUCAUCGUUGAAUAAUGGCCACAAUCCAUAUUCAUUGAAAGACAAAGACCAAAAGUCAAGUGGAUCAAGAUUUAAUGUUUUAGAAGAUUCUCAAAACAACAACAGCAACAACAGUAAUCAUAACAACUUUAAAGUGCCUUCCGGCAAAGAAGGUUCUCUUAAACAUCGCAUUUUGACCACGACACGUCCACAUGAUGAUAAGCAUGGAACUAUUAAUCAUCCAGCAAAUCGAUCAUCGCUCGGCAACAAUUCGUUACUUAAUUUCACUCGUGGCUCUCUCAUUGAACUCAGUAAUGGUUCAUUACGUCGCGUUGAAGAAUUAAGAACUGAGGACUUUGUGAUGUCAGCAGAGAAGUCACUUGAUCUUCAAUUAGCAGACUCAACAGUCGUUAAGAUUCUCUCGUCUAAUAACAGUAACUGUGUGAUGAUUACUUUCAGUUAUGACAACAACAGAUCAAAGGUUGACAUCGAAGCAAAGCUUGAACAUCCAUUUUUUGUAUACGGUCAAGGAUGGGCAUCUUGUAAUCCUGAAGGUUCCUUGACUGCCUUUGGCUUAAAUUGUCAAAGACUACAAGUCGGUGAUGUUUGUAUUUCCCUUAAACCGCGAGAAUCUAAACAAGAUCCAUUUUUGAGUUCAAUAUCACAAAAGCGAUCUACACAACAACAACAAAUGAGUCAACGAGAUCUUUAUGAACAACAAAAUCAACAUUUACAACAACAGGAAUCAAUGCCACAAAAUCUUUCACGUCGAUUGUCCACAACAACAACAUCUGCAACGACUGGUGAAAAUGUCAUAAGUUCUCAAAUGGCACAGUAUUCUCCAGCGCUUUACAGUCUUCAAAUGUCACUUUUCGCUGCGGCAAGUCAAGGUCGAAUUCCAGCACCUUUUCCGCCUUUCAUUAAUGAUGAAGGCACAAUUGUGAACACACAUUUAUCGCAAGAUUUAAAUACCUCAGUGAACAAUAAUUCGAAUGUUAAACUUCCACCUUUAAUCUUAAAGAAUUCAACGAUUCAGGAUGAGUAUAUUGAAGAUUUACAAUCGAGAAAGCGACGAUGGUCGGCACCAGACAUUGAUGAAGACCAAAAACAACAAGAGCAACAACAGACGAGAAAAAUCGCAAACUAAUUGUGAUAUUUACGUACUAACCGAAUCUUGAAUGUAAUCAAAUACAUGGAAUUUCAACCUCAAGAUGUGAUCUCGCAAAAAGUGCUGAAAAGUUCUUUCUUAUAUCGAUUUAAUUUUCUAAAUACAUAAAAAUAAUUAAGUUGGAAGACAUUUAACUUCUCCAAACGAGAAGGAAAACAAAGAAAAAAGAAAAAAGCAAAUUGAUGAGAUGUUUGCAAACGAACACAUAAAAAAAAUACUUAAAAAAAAUUUGAAUCAAAAAAGAAAAAAGUUAAUUUGCGAAUGAAACUAAAGCUGGAAAAUUUUGAUAAAAAAUUUGAAGACGUUAACUUUUUGAAUUGAAUUUGUUAAUUAUUUAGCACUAUUGGAAAGAAGAGAAAAUUAUUAAAUUAAAUCUAAAAUAUAUAAACGAUGAUAAAAAAUUUAUUGUUUCUGUUUCAAUUAUAACAAAGUGAUUUUUCUAUUAGUUUAACUAUUACUGUGUACAAAUGAUUUAAAUGUAUUAGAAAAUUAUAAUACUCCAUUGAUGGGAGAGAUUCAUGAAGAUGAAUCUGCACAAACAAACAAACAAAAAAAAUCAUACAAAUGAAAAAGCUUGACGCCUAAUGAACAAAUGAACUGCUACCUCUUAAGCGAACCAUGAAGAUCAACAAGUGAUCAUUAAUACAUAUUCAGUGUCGCACAAAAUUGACGUAAACUUUCUUGAAAAACGAUUUGACGAAAGGAUUCUUCUUCCAAAACGUUACAUUUUCCAUCAGCUUUCUUUUUCUUUCUAAAAACGUCUAAAGUUCAAAUGAAAGGUUAAAAAAUUUUCACUUUACUUGACCGCUGUUUGAUCUCAUCAAACCACAUAAUGAAACGUUUAGUGUGGACAUGAGUAGCAAAUUUUGCUACAAUUUAUGUAUCGAUAAAGAAAUCAAAGCUGAGUGUUGAAAACUAGACAAAAAUGAUUUACGUUUAAAUUAAUCUACGAGAGUUGUAGUGCCGUGACGACAGACAAAAAAAAUUCUGACAGAUUUUUCUAAAUAUCUCAAUGUAAAAAUUUUCAUUUAUACCCGAAAUUUUACAAAACUUUGAUAAAAUGCAACGAAAGAAAGUUGUGGCAUUGCAGCUCUUUUAAGUAUCUAAAUGAUUAAAAGAAAGAAAAUAAAGUUGGAAAUUGGUGUCUUAUAAAUGAGAUAAAAAUGUUUAGUUUUAUAACUAAAAAAAAUUCAAAAAAAAAGUUCGCUUGGUAAGAGAAACUUCAAGGAUUUUAAAGAACAAAUGCUACUUAUCGAAUACAUAAAUGAAAGCUUUACAAUUCGUCCUCAAAAUUUAUUCUUUUACCAAACGAAUUAAAAUAAAAACUAAAAGAUAAGAAGGUAAUAAUAAUCUAGUGACAGGGUUAUCAACACGUAAGAAUAUUUGACAAAUGUAUUUUCUUAAAAUGUUAAUUUUUAUAAGAAGAUAAAAAAGAAAAAAAAUAACAAUAAAUGAAACAAGAUGUUAUAGAUUCAGUUUUUUUGGAAAAGAAUGAUGGUAAAUAUCUUCUGUGGUGUCAAAGAUGUAACUUUUUUGGAACAUUAGAGAAAUGUUGUGUUGAUUGAAUAUUAGAAAUCUCAAAGUUUUCAUUGAGAAAGACUAAAUAAUUUAUAAAAAUAAAACCUUUAAGGUUUAUUAGAUAAAAAAAGAACGAAUAUUUUUUAUUUUUGGACAUCUGAUAAAACUGAAUGUUACUUGUUGUUUGAUAAAAG